AAAUGUAGGCACAAGUGGUAUCUAAUUAAGAUCUUUCGACAUACAUUUAAUUCUUCUCUGUCGUUUCUUCAUCGCCUCCAACGCCCAUAACCAAUGGGGUUUUCUCUUUUUCAUGCAAUCGCCUUUUUUCUCUCUCUCUUCACAUUGCCAUUUGUCUCCGGCGCCGGCGUCAGCGCCGGAUUUCAGUAUCUCAAGCUCCCGUUGCUACGUAAGAAUCCUUUCCCGCCAAAUCCUGCGAAAACUCUGUCCGCCGACUCGAGGCGGCUUUCGGCUUUAUUUACCUCUGUUCCCGGGAGGAGGGCGAAGCUCCCCGUAACUUCCGGCGCGAAUUUCGGUACCGGACAGUAUUUUGUUCAGUUGCGAGUUGGCACGCCGGCGCAGGAGCUGUUUCUGGUGGCGGACACGGGGAGCGACCUCGUGUGGGUGACGUGCUCCGCCUGUAGAGAGUGUUUGUCACGCGGGAACGGCACCGCUUUCCUCACGCGCCGCUCGUCUAGUUUCCGGCCGUUGCACUGUUUUGACUCGAAAUGUAAGCUUGUUCCCCCGCCUGCGAACGCCACCUGCCGCCGCACGCGCCGCGGAAGCGCGUGCCGCUAUGAGUACUCCUACGCCGACGGGUCCCUCACAAGCGGGAUCUUCGCUCGUGAAACGACGACUUUUAAUGUCAACUCCGGGAGGGCGGUGACGUUCAAGAACGUUGAGCUCGGAUGUAGCUUUGAAGCUUCCGGGCCGAGCGUUACCGGCCCGAGUUUUAAUGGAGCCCAAGGGGUAUUGGGUUUGGGCCGAGGCCCGAUUUCUUUGGCAACUCAAUUGGGCCGGAGGUUUGGUAACAAGUUUUCUUACUGCCUCAAGGACUAUACACUCGCACCAACGCCGACUAGCUACCUCUUAAUCGGCGGCGCGAAAGCCGAAGCCGGCGCCGUCAACGACACGAAAAUGAACUUCACUCCGAUAAUAAACAACCCUCUUUCCCCAACGUUUUACUACAUUGGCAUCGAGAACAUAUUCAUAGACAAUGUGAAAUUACCCAUCAGUCCUUCAGUUUGGGCCACAGACGAGAUGGGCAAUGGGGGGACAAUACUUGAUUCAGGGACAACAUUGACAUUUCUUGUCGAGCCAGCCUACACUAGAAUAGUAACGGAGUUCAAGCGGCGCGUCAAGCUGCCUAAGCCAGCCGCUUUCACAUCGACAUUUGACCUGUGCGUCAACGUCUCCGGCGUCCCAAACCCGAGUCUACCUCAACUAAGUAUACAACUCGCCGGCGGGUCGGUUUUCUCGCCGCCGACUGGGAACUACUUUCUCGACACGGCGCCGGACAUCAAAUGCCUCUCACUACAACCGGUCACGUCGAGCUCCGGUUCCUCGGUAAUCGGAAACCUAAUGCAACAAGGAUUCGUGUUCGAGUUUGACAACGAUCAUUCGCGACUAGGAUUCUCACGGCAUGGCUGUUCUUUAUCCUGACACUAUGUCAUUAUCCAUAAUUUUUUAAUAAAUUUCUUCUGUGUAUUAAUUUUUUUUUUAUUUUUCAAGUUUAGUGUAUGUGCAUGGAAAGUGAUUAUUUAUAUUAUUUAAUGAUAAUCAUGUAAAGUGUAAACUAAGUGGAUUUUACUCAAUUGAUUUCGAAUUUGUAUUAUGCU